CUCUCUACACCUGUAUAAAGUUUUCUAUUAUAAUUUUUAUGACAAACUGCAACAGCUCGGUUCCGACGGGAUCUCUAUCGAGAACCGCCAUUAGAGAAUUUCAGUUUCUAAUCAAUUUUAAACGUCGCAAACAAGAAAGCGAUCCAUGCCAAAUUUCUUCCAAAUCGCAUUAGUUUUCCUUUCAUCAAUCGUAUCGUCGAAAUCAAGCCCCGUUUCCUUGAUCUAUUCCCAUACUCCAAAUACCCAAUUCGAUCCAUUCGUGUACCCCACCAGUCCACAUCGACUCAUGGAAGUUCCAUAACCGAGGUGUCUUCUGGUGCAAAGAAAUCGCGGUCGGCCUCGUUUUGCGACAGUCUUCAACUGUUCUUCUUCGGUCAGUGUUGCCGGUAACAGCGACAGGUGCACAAGAUACGUUGAUGUUAACAGUUUCUCAAGGUGCGCGAUGAACGUGUGUCGGUGCAAGAACCCGGGACUUUUGUUGUGGCUUCCGGCCCUUCUGGUUUUUGGACUAACUAUUUCUGAGCACGGAAUUGAUGGACAAUCUCCAUCAGGCUGCCGUUUCCCAGGUGCCCCAGCCCACUCGUCAGUGGUGUUUUCGGAUGAGGAUUUGGGCCCCGGGGCUGUGGCAACCUACUCUUGUGAGAGAGGUUUCGAGUUAUUAGGUCCUUCGAGAAGAAUUUGUGAAAAUGGCUUGUGGAUGCCAGAAGGAAUACCAUUUUGUGUUCUAAACGUUGCAGCUGGAAAAGCACCAAUGCAGGUUAGUACCGAAGUUGGCGGAAUACCCCAGAAAGCUAUAGAUGGCAGCACAAGCGCUUUUUUCAAUAGUGAUACAUGUACUCUAACGAAAGCGGAAAGAAGUCCAUGGUGGUAUGUCAACCUGUUGGAGCCUUAUAUGGUUCAAUUAGUUCGUCUGGAUUUUGGGAAGCCCUGUUGCGGAGCAAAGAAACCAGCAACAAUCGUAGUUCGAGUUGGAAACAACAGACCUGAUCUGGGAACUAAUCCCAUUUGCAAUCGAUUCACGGGCUUUCUGGAAGAAGGCCAACCCUUGUUUCUACCUUGUAACCCGCCAAUGCCAGGAGCUUUCGUGAGCGUUCAUCUGGAAGCUCCAGCACCUAGCCAGCUCUCAAUAUGUGAAGCUUUCGUUUAUACCGAUCAGGCACUUCCGAUCGAGAGAUGUCCACAGUUCAGAGAUCAACCGCCAGGUAGCACCGCCACCUACAACGGAAAAUGUUACAUAUUUUAUAAUAGGCAACCAAUGAAGUUCCGAGAUGCUCUCUCCUUCUGCAGAUCGAGAGGAGGUACUCUUGUCGACGAAAGCAAUCCGGCACUCCAGGGCUUCAUCAGUUGGGAGCUAUGGAGGAGACACAGAAGUGACUCCAGCGGCCAAUACUGGAUGGGUACUAUCAGAGAUCAGGAUACCCGAGGAUGGAAGUGGCUAACAGGAGACGAUGUGACAGUAUCUUUCUGGAAUUUGCCGGUGGGAAAUGGUGAAUGCGCUAGGUACGACGGAACUAAGGGAUGGCUUUGGUCCGAUACUGAUUGUUCGAUGCACUUGAACUACAUUUGCCAACAUCAACCCAAAGCAUGUGGACGUCCGGAGCAACCUCCAAAUUCUACAAUGAUGGCUCCAAACUUCAACGUUGGAACAUCGAUAGAGUACGCAUGUGAUGAAGGUCACCUUCUUGUCGGCCCUACUCAAAGAGUUUGUCUAGAAACAGGUUUCUACAAUGAAUUUCCUCCAGUGUGUAAAAGAAUCCAAUGCGGAUAUCCAGCGGAUAUCGCUAAUGGGGAGUACAACUUGGUGAACGAUAGCGUUGGUUAUUUAUCCAGGGUAAUCUACACCUGCGACGAAGGUUACGAAAUGAUCGGACGGGCUCAACUGGCGUGCGAUAUUGACGAGAGAUGGAAUGGACCACCACCUAGAUGUGAAGCUAUUCAGUGUGAACCUCCAGCAAAUCAAAUCACCAAUGGAAUAAUGCGAAUACCCAACGAUACCUUACAUGGAUCAGUGAUCGAAUUCAGUUGUCAUUUGGGUUACAAAUUGAUUGGUCCAGAUACAAUCACUUGUCUAUCCAAUGGGCAAUAUGAUUAUCCACCGCCAACUUGUCAAGAAAUCGCCACAACAACACUCACGACUCCCGAACCCACAAAACCAAGCAGACGUCCAUCCUCCUCCUCAACAACUCUAACUACCCGUCAACGAACCAGGGGCACUCGUCCCCCACCAACCACCAUCAGAGCGAUUGAAAUCAUGAAAGUAACGAACAGAACAAGAAGACCAGUUUCUAGAAUCCCCUCAACAACUCCGGUAAACGUACCAUCUUCAGUGCAUCCCUCGAUCAUAGUUGCAGGCCAUCCACAGGACAACGAAAUCGCCGGUAGUUCCAAUAUUCAACAUGGAGAAAUACCCAAUGUCAACGUGCCGUUGUCCGUGGACGGAGAACGCAGAGAAACGUUUGGCGCUAAACUGAACCUCGGGGCGGUCAUCGCUUUGGGAGCUUUCGGAGGGAUCAUCUUCUUGGCGGCCAUCAUAACUACAAUAGUAAUAUUGGUCAGAAG